UGUCGGUAUUGGUUUCAUUUUUUCAAAUGAUGUGUACUGUGUAGGGGCGGAAAACAAGUUAUGGUUUAGUGAGUGGUAAUAAAUUCAUAAUAUAGUCAAUAAACUAAUCUGUAACUCACAAGUGCAUGAAUUAAGGCACUUAUGAAGAAAAACGUGCUGUGGUGAUUUACACAGUCAUGUCUAGAGACAGAAGAUUGACAAAUGGACCAGCGGGAAGAGGCAGAGGAGUGUUUCGACCUUCAGGCUUAAAACCCCGAGGCGCAAGAGGUGGCGGACACUUGUCUUCAGGAAGAGUAGUGAAGAAGGCCCAAGCAACGAGAGCUGUAUCACCUCGGGAGAAAUUAGAGUCUCUCAAACUGAAACUAGCUGCUAAAGGAAUACAAUACGAUGCAAGUUAUAUUCAGAGACAAAGACAAAAGCAGCUACGGAAAGAUGAGAAUUCGUCAGCCGAUGCAGAAGAUGGGACAUUGUACAAACAGAAGAUGUCAGUAAUGCCAGAUCCUGAGCGUAAGUGUACUGAAAAUGAAAUAGAGAAAAUCCAAGAUGUACUUAUAGAUGCCCUCGAACCUCUAGAGGAUGGCUGUUUUCCACAGUUUUACGGUACGUACACAGUGAAGGGCAUACUCGUCAUGUCGUGUGCCAACGAACAGACAAAACGGUGGCUAGAGAGGAUUGUACCCCAGUUGGAGCCGUGGGAGAGCGGAAAGCUCUGCGUAAAGCCUAAAGGAGAGGUCUCACAGGGGACGAAGGUGCUACUCAAGACACCAAAAUUGUUUGCCAAGACUGACCCCAAAAAGAUCUUGCAGAUGCUCAGCACUCAAAACAAGACCCUCGAGACCAACAUGUGGAAGAACGUCAGUGCGAAAUCGGAAGAUUCGGGCCAGACUCUGGUCUACGUAAUCGACAACCAGAGUCUCGAAGCCAUCAGGGCCUUGAACAAUAAAGUGUACCUCGGAUUAGGCAAUGUCGAGUUAGUUAUCUUAAAUGAUGAGGAGGAUAGCAAGCAGGCCUCUGCAGAUACAGAAAUCGAAAAUGAGGAAGAUGACAAGCAGACCUCUGCCGAUACAGAGAUGAAAGAUCAGGAGGAUGACGAGCAGCCCUCCGUAGACACAGAAAUGAUUAAUGAGGAGGAGAAUGACGAGCAGACCACAGCAGAUACAGAAAUGAAAAAUGUGGAGGAGAAUGACGAACAGACCACUGCAGAUACAGAAAUGAAAAACCAGGAGGAGGAUAACAGGCAGACGUCUGUAGGUACAGAAAUAAGAAAUGUGGACAGUGCUGACAAGCAGACCUCGUAGAUACAGGUGUUGCUCACACAGAAAGAAGUGAAGUUCAUACAUAAGGAAGAGAUGCAGAGAGAGAGAGAGCGAGUGUGUGUGUGUGUGUGGGGGGGGGGGGGGGGGGCGCACAGGCGCAUGUGCUUAAAAUUUCUGUGGAUAUGACUCAUGCUACUUCCCAUCAUAGUACAACCUUGUUUAUUUGGGUGUGUGACCAGAGGAAAGCUUAAAAAAACAGGAGAAUGUGGUAAUAUGACUCAUAAUGUUGUGGUCCUUAGGCCGAAAACUUUGACACUGCUCUCACUGUUAAUCUAAACCUGUGCAUGAUUUUUUUUUUUUUUUUUUUUUUUUUUUUGCUGGACUGCAACCUACAUGCAUUUGAGCCUACAUAUUGAUGUCAAAACUGUCUCUCUCUAUACAGUUUUUCUCUCUCACACUGUUAUUAUUACCAAUUUGACAUUUCUGAUGCCUCAGGAUGUGUCCUGUCAGCUGAUCCCUUCCUUUAGUCAAGUUGUGCCAUAAGUUUUUGUUGUACCUGUUUCAUUUGAUUACUACUUCAUUAAUUAUAUGAUUGACUAUCUCAUCAUUAGUUAUUCAAUCUGCCCAUCAGUCUUGAACAUUCUUCUGUAACAUUUUUUGUAACAUGUUUCACUUUUGUAUAAGGCUAUUCUUCACACUGCACACCAUUAAAUUUAUAUUAAAUGUUUCUCGGGGAAUGUUUUCUUGCUAUGUCAGUCAAUUGUCAGUUAUUUCAUAAGCCAGACAGCAAAACUUGCCAGCUUUUUUACCAUUUCAUUUUGAGUCUAACUCUCCCUGCAUCAUCUAAUUUAAAUAGAAUGCAUUCCCUUAUUCUUUUUCUUUUAUUUGUGUACAUCUUACAAUAUCUAUCAAAGAUAGUAUCCAUUCAUUUCAAUUCCAAAGCUUACCAUGGGAAAACAUAUGCUUCGUUCUGAUUUAAAAUUAUUUAGGUAACAAAAUUUACAGUUUGUUGAAAAGCAAAUACUACUCUCUUAGUGGUACUUUUGAUUGACUUGUUGAGCUGCAGUGGAGUUGAGCUGCAGUGGUACGCACAAUGUGUGCUACCUCCCUUACCCCCUGCUGCAGCUUCUUUAUCUGUCGUGGUACCACAGGGACCAACCGACGUUUCCCAUAUCUACAUCAGAGCAUCUGUAUUUGUCCAUACAUUUUUAGAAAAUCACUUCAACCUCCUCAGACAAAUUUACUGAAAAUUGUAUGCUCACCACUGUAUUUAAAGAUUGUUUAAUGUAGGAAAUGAGAGUAAAAUUUUCAACAAGAGCUAAUAGGGAUAAAUGAGAGCUAUAGAAACAAGGUUGUACCACAGCAGCAACAUGAGGUAUUUUAAUGUAGCCUUUGCAAGACAGAUAUGCACAGUUCUCAACAUUUCUUCCGUAUUAAAGAUUUUUUAAAGUUGCUGUAUGUUAUGCCUUUCCUAAAAAAAUAAAGUGAAAUGUAAGCUGU